CCGACUCAAAGGCUUGCAUCCCACAAUGCACCGCGGGCGGAGUCACUGGAGCUGGAAUGUUGUUGCUGUCAGUGGGAGCUUCACCAGAGAAACUUUUACAGACAAAAUAUGACUGCAAAGCGCCUGUAAUAGCGCUUACCGGACCCGGUAAUGCAUUGUUUGACGUUUGUGUGGGAAACGCCGAUUCAAAGAAGUAAAGGAAUAUUUGUUUCCUACCCAGCAACUCGGCUGCAGCGUCCUGUCUUAAAGAAUGAACAUUGAAGACAAGUUGGAAGGCAUUUUUCUUAAAUGCAGUAGCACAGCAGAGAUGCAGACUCCCAGAGGUCUGGUUGCUCCAGAACAGUCAGUGAGGGGUAAAAUGGGUUGCCAGGAACCGGGGUUGGGAGAAAGUGACCUCCCCCAUGACGUCAUUCUGGAUGAGGAGGAUGAAGAAGACUUACGGGACAGCCAGCUGUCUCAGCAGGAGCUCAUCCCCCAUGAUGAGCUCAUGGUUCAUGAGGAGACAGUGAAGAAUGAUGACGAGGACCAAGAAAUGCAUGACAGGCUUCCCCAGGAGCUGCACUAUGCCAUGCAUUUACCGGUACAUGUUAAACAGGAAAUAAAGUUAUCAGAAGAGCCAGUACAGAUGAAAAAGGACAGUAAACAGCCCAGAGACAUGAUUGAUUGUCAGAAAAAGAAGAAAAGAAAACAGCGUUCUCCUGCAAAGAUUCUUACAAUAAAUGAAGAUGGGUCCCUAGGACUUAAGAGUCCAAAGUCUCACGUUUGUGAACACUGCAGUGCUGCCUUCCGAACCAACUACCAUUUACAGAGACAUGUCUUCAUCCAUACAGGUGAGAAGCCAUUUCAGUGCAGCCAGUGUGAUAUGCGUUUCAUCCAGAAAUACCUGCUGCAAAGACAUGAAAAGAUUCACACUGGUGAAAAGCCAUUUCACUGCGAUGAGUGUGGAAUGAGAUUUAUACAGAAAUACCAUAUGGAGAGGCACAAGAGAACUCACAGUGGAGAAAAGCCCUACCAGUGUGAAUACUGCCAUCAGUACUUCUCCAGGACUGACAGGGUACUGAAGCACAAGCGCAUGUGCCAUGAGAAUCGGGACAAGAAAUCCAACAAAGCUGCAGCUAAGGCAGGACUCUUGGGAAGUGAUGAAGACUUGGGCCUCACCCCUCUCCCGAAGGAAAGCUCACUGCCAAGGAAAAAGAGGCAGAAGACCGGUGAGAAACCAAGGACUUUGGUGGCUCUUCCUGAGAAAGACGAUGGUGGAGAAAACCUUGAGCAAAAGAAUGUAAAAAACGACUAUUUGCCUUUGUAUGCAAUUGCCUCCAAAGUGAAAGAUGAGUAUAUGGUGGCCGAGUAUUCCGUAGAGCUGCCGCACUCCUCUCUUGGUGGUGGACAGUUGGGUGAAUCGUCAUCUCAGAUGAUACACCCUCCUAAAUUAGUCCUUAAAAAAGUUACCAACAAGAGAACCCAGAAACAGCCCUUGGUCGAAAGCCAGAAUAUGUCCCCUUUGUCUUCUUCGUUUGAAGAAAGUAAAGUUACCAAAUACGCUUUUGAACUUGUGGACAAGCAGGUUCUUCUAGACUCGGAGAGUAACACUGACAUGGACCAGGUAGACACCCUGCAGGAGGGUCCAAGCAAACCUGCAGCCAGCAGUAAUAACUAUGAUGAUGCCAUGCAGUUUUUGAAAAAGAAAAGGUAUUUGCAGGCAGCCACUAAUAAUAGCAGGGAUUAUGCCCUAAAUGUUGGCACAAUAGCAUCUCAGCCCUCUGUCACCCAAGCAGCUGUGGCCAGUGUCAUUGACGAAAGCGCCACUGUCUCUAUUUUGGACACACAGACCUUAAAUGUUGAAAUGAAGUCUGGCCAUGACAAGAAUGUUAUUCCAGACGAGGUCCUCCAGACUCUUCUAGAUCACUAUUCCAACAAGGCAAAUGGACAACAUGAAAUGUCUUUCAGUGUGGCGGACACCGAAGUGACAUCCAGCUUAUCAAUUAACGCAUCUGAUGUUACCGAGGUCAGCCAGGCUGAGACUGUCGGGACAAGUUCCCAGGCCUCGUCUACAGAAAAAGCCAGCAUGCUGCAGGAGUAUUCUAAAUUUCUUCAGCAAGCCUUGGAUAGAACUAGCCAGAAUGAUGCCUAUUUAAAUAGCCAGAGCCUUACUUUUGUGACCGAGAGCCAAACUCUUUCCAGCCAACCUUUGUUUUCCACAAUUGAUAAGCAGUAUACCUUGUCUAACCGGUCUGGCUUUCGAUCUGAGAUGAACUCGCCAUUGAGGUCCUCUUCAGAGAAGUCUCACUUUGGGCUGCUUGUAGGAGACUCUCAGCACUCCUUCUCAUUUUCAGGGGAUGACACUAACCACUCUUCUGUCUCGCCUGCUGAAAACUUUUUAGAGCAGGUUACCUCUUCAAAAAAGACUGACGCCCAGCCAAUCCAUCAGGCCUUUCAGAUCGGUACUUUUGAGCAGAACUUCAGAUCUCAGUUCCAAAGCUCAAGGUCUGGAAUCUCCUCCCAGUUCAACACUGCCAAUGGACAAGUGAGCCUGCGUGGACAUGGGGCUAGCACAGACUUCCCUGAAUUCCCUUUGGUUAAUGUGACUGAGAGUAGAACGCAGAUGACUUCUUCACCAGAUGCCCCAACCAGCCAAACAUUUGGUUAAAUGAAAUCUAUAUAUAAAAGGCACUUUACAUCCACACAUUUUUUUUUGUUACUUGUGCUGCACUAUAAUGGGAUAAGUACACCACAGUAAGUUAAUUUUGGACUCACAUUUGUGGGAAACUGUUUUAAAUCUGGCCAACCCACAGUUUAUAAUCUUAUAAGGGUUUGUUUCCCUUUUAACCUACCAGUUCAUCCAAGGGCAGGAAGAAAAAUGCAAUCUUUAUUUAUCUCUCUAUAGUUCCUUUGCAUGCCGCUUUAAAAAUGUUUACUUCUGGAUUUAUUUUAACCUUGGAUUUCCAUACCCCAGAUUGCCCUGAACAAUGCGACCAGAAGUCAAACCUGCCAGUCCAUGAUCCUGUAGUUUCAAGUAUGGGAUCAGUGUAACCCCCUUCCCAAGCCAUUUAAGGCUUUGCACUAUUUGCAGUUUAUUUAAUAAAUAAAUAAAUAAUGGUGGUAUUUGUGCUGACAUUUGGUAUAUUUCUUCUAAUCUCUUUUUAUUUUUUUUACUUUUAAUAAUACAAUGUGUUUUUCUUUUUUGUUUUGUUUUUUACUGUUUCGUAUUGGACCGGAACGUUGUAUUUUGGAGACUGCCGUACUGAUAACUGACACUGUAACUGAUGAACAGUUACACUGAGUUUGCUAUGGAUUCAGUUUUUGAUAGCUGGCUGUAACUUUGGAUUAGAUCGGGGUAAUUUCAGUGGCAUUUGUCAGAACAUCAGUAAAGGAAAAUAUAAAACAUAUAUUGUAACUGGUUAAUGUAGUAUUAGACCUUUAAAUAUAUGCUGUAGAGGCAGUUAUAUAAAUAUUUUUCUUGAAAAAGUAGAAAUUAAUGUUUAUUUUGAAAUUAAAAAACCAGACAUGUAUUUAAAGGCUAAUACAUAGUAAUCAGAUUUGAUUUAAUUGCAUUUUUACACUUUUUAAAAACUAAUCAAUGAAAUUAUUGAAAACAUUGAUAUGAUUUAAUUUACUUUUGUACUUAGACAAUUUAGUUUCAUUAAGUGUGUUGAAUACUAUAAUCUAAAACCCCAAGGAAAUUGGAUUUGCACUUAAUUGCCAUUUUAUGAUACCUUAUAAAUAAGGUAUGUAAGUUCGUAAGGAGUACCACAGAGCAUGAUAAAUCAAAUGCAAUUGACCAAAUUUGUAUUGCAUAGUGCAUGAUAUUUAGUUUCCCAAUUUUUUUUCUUUUCUUUUUUUGUUAUGAGUUAUUAUGGUGAAUAUGAUAUCAGUAUUUGUUUGUUGUUUUUUAAUCAACUCUUUCAACACUGCAGGUCUUUAUAGAGGUUUUGGAAAUAUAUAAAUGUCAUAAUAUGUGAAGGGCUUGUGACCCUUUCAGUCAAUUCCAACCAUUAUUUUUUUUAUUUUUAUUUAGCAGACUCUUUUAUCCGGGGCAACUUACAUAGACUAGGGUGUGUGAA